AUGGGAGCUCUCGGGAUUGCGGUAGCUCGCAUUCACGUGAUCGAGUUCCAAAAACGUGGCCUUCCCCAUGCACACAUACUCGUGAUUCUCGCCGAGGAAGACAAACCGCAGACCCCGGCAGACUACGACAAGUUCGUGUCUGCCGAACUUCCUAAUCCUGCAACGUCGUCGCAACUGUUUGAGACGGUACAGAGCUGUAUGAUGCAUGGACCGUGUGGGGCUGCCAAACCUGCCGCACCUUGCAUGAAGGAUGGUACAUGCGAAAAAGGGUUCCCAAAGUCAUUCUGUGAACAGACGCGCAGCAUGGAUAAUGGCUAUCCACAGUACCGUCGUCGUAACAAUGGGCGCAGUGUGACGGUGAAAGGAAUCGAGCUGGACAACCGGUACGUCGUGCCCUACAACCCAUGGUUCACGCAUAAGUACAAUUGCCACAUCAACGUUGAGGUGUGUACUUCGGUCAGCAGCGUGAAAUAUUUGUACAAAUACGUGUACAAGGGGCACGACCGUCUGAGCGUUACCCUGGCGGUAGGCAACGAUGAAAUUCAGCUGCAUAUCGAUGCACGCUACCUUUCACCGACGGACAGCUGCUGGCGAAUAAUGCGCUUUGAGUUGCAAGCAAAAACGCACACCGUUGUUACACUGCCUAUCCAUCUGGAAAAUCAACAGAACGUGUUUUUCCGGGCAAACGAAACCGUUUCAGCGCUGCUGUACCACGAUGUCCCGACGUACUACCGGUACGCGAAACCAACUGCGAACCAGCGACUACCGUGGCAGGAACCGGGAACAAAGCACUGGAUCCGUCGCAUACGUACCGGGCACAAGACAGUGAUCGGCCGAAUGGUGUCCUCUAGCAUGCAGCUUAUGGAACGCUACUGCUUGCGGUUGCUUCUUUGCUACCGCAAGGGUCCAACAUCGUACGAGGAUCUGCGUACUGUUAACGGUUCGGUGUGCGAAACGUUUCAGCAGGCUGCCAUCAACGAAGGGCUGCUUCAGGAUGAUUCCGAGUGGGAUCGUGCUCUAGAAGAAGCGGCCACUUAUCGUAUGCCCGCCCAGUUGCGCCAUUUCUUCGCACUCAUCCUUUCGUCUGGGAUGCCACAAAACCCGCGCACCCUGUGGGAAAGCUAUGCGAGUGAAAUGAGUGAAGAUUUUCACCACCGCAAUCGCGACCGGUACACGACGGAGGAAUCCGACCUGAAUAAGCUGUUACGUGAUGUUGAACACUUCCGGGCGCUGAGUGACAUCGAUCGCUACCUGCGCGGUACGACGCCAUCGAAGGAUUUGACCAGUUUCCCAGGAAUGCCUCAGCUUUCGGAGUAUGAACACGUUCAGGCACACAUCAUGGACGAUGAUGAUGUGAACGAGUUCAUUAUCGCUGAACGAUCGUAUCUGAUCACGGAUCUCGAUGCUACCCUUGCCACCGUACAUCAGCUCAACCACAAACAACGCAUGGUGUACGAAACGGUCACGGCGGCUAUCGAUCGUCAAUUAGCGACGGCGGCAAGCCAAGCGAACGCUGGUGACCAACGGUUAUUCUUCCUGGAUGGCCCUGGUGGAACGGGUAAAUCUUUUUUGGUAGAAAAGAUACUGGCACACGUCCGUCGCUGUGGAGGAAUUGCGCUCGCAACUGCAGCAAGCGGCAUAGCAGCACUGUUGCUUACAGGAGGGAAAACAGUACACUCCACGUUUAAGUUGCCGCUGGAGUUAAACAAUCAUUCCACCUGUAGCAUUUCGGUUCAGUCGAAACGGGCCGAAAUGCUUCGACAAACAGUACUGAUCGUUUGGGAUGAGGCGUCGAUGAGCAGUCGGUUUGCUCUCGAAGCAGUCGAUCGGACCCUGCAGGACAUAACGGGUGUGCAGCUUCCUUUCGGCGGUAAGGUGGUGCUGCUGUCCGGUGACUUUCGUCAAAUUUUACCGAUCGUACCGAAGGGCACGGAUGCACAAAUCAUCAACGAGUGCAUCAAGAAGAGCACAUUAUGGCCCCUGUUUAGGUCGCUACAAUUGGGCGAUAACAUGCGGGUACGCACGGCACCAAACGCGAACCAAGACAGUGAGUUGCGAGAUUUUGCCAACCUUCUGCUUCGUAUCGGUGAAGGACCGCACGGUACGUUUGCAGGACUGGAUCCAUCGUUGGCAAAAAUACCGCACGAUAUGAAUGUGCCCCAUACUGCGAAUCCGACAAACGACCUUAACACCCUGAUCGACAAAAUCUAUCCGGACAUGCAACGGCACUUCCAACAUCCGUCAUUCUUUUCGGAUCGGGCUAUUCUGUCGCCGCUUAACGUGGAUGUUGCCAGCGUGAACAACCUGGUCCUAGACCGAAUACCUGGACCGGAACAGGAGUACCGUUCGGUCGAUACAUUGGUCAACCCGGAGGAACACGAGCAUCUGCAACAUCCUUCCGAAUACUUGAACACACUCAAUGUCAGCGGCAUCCCAGUGCAUCGCUUGCGGCUGAAACGAUUUGCACCAGUACUUUUAUUGCGCAAUCUUAAUUCCGACAUGGGAUUGUGUAACGGUACGCGUUUACAAAUUGUAGACCUAAAGCGAAACUGUUUACACGCUAAAAUUCUGACAGGCACGCGGAGAGGCGAAGACGUCCUGCUUCCACGGAUCUUCUAUGACAGCAACGAUAAGGGUCACCCGUUCCAGAUCCGCCGUAAACAGUUUCCGGUGCAAGUGUGCUUUGCGAUGACCACCAACAAGUCGCAAGGGCAAUCGCUUCACCAUUUGGGCCUAUAUAUGCCGCAAGAUGUUUUCGCCCAUGGCCAGCUAUACGUUGCACUCUCGCGGGUGACAUCACGAGCGAACAUUGCUGUGCUGAUAACGAACCCGAAACGCGCUGACGAGGAAGGUGUCUCCACAAGCAACAUUGUCUACCAAGAGGUCGUUGACAGGUGA